AUGGCCAAGUGGAGGAGAGUUAGAGAGGAGAGCUUCUCAUGCAACUACGAGCAGAAAUACAGAGACGAUCAAAUCAUAAAACUCAAAGAAAAGCUCCGAAAUAAAAGUGUUUACAAGUUUGAAGAAGUGCUUUUCAACCAGGUGGCUCUGAUCCAUGUGCUGGUGACAUUUAAGGAGAUGCUGCUGAAGUGCGACCUCAGUACGGGUCUGGAGUACCUGACGAAGGCAGCUGAGGCGUGUGCAGAGCAGAGUCUGCAGCAGCUGCUGAAGAGGCUCUGCAGACUCUACCUCAGUCAGAAGAACCAAGAGCCCAGCCUCAAACUGCAGAAGCUGCAGCAGCUGGUGGCUGAGUGGCUGAACAGCAGGAAAGGGCAGAAUACCUCAGAUAAAGUCAUAUCAGUUGACUCUGAUGGCAGCAGAUCAACAAUAAUCAGCAGCUUGAACCAGGUUACAGGCGUAGCUGCAGUUUGUCCAGAGCAGGAUGAGAAAAAGCUGAACGGUGCCGCUGUAGUCAGCAGUGUGCCUGACAGUGUGUGUGUGUGUGUGGUGUAUGAACAGGAUAUUGGCCCCAACUUCCCCUGGACCUGUUUCUCUCUGGUGGUUGAGUACGACCAUCCAGGCCAGUCUCCGUGGUCUGCGAUCUGUAGGGAGAGGAGCAUCAGCCACCUAACGUUCAACACCAGCAUCUGUGAUGCUGAGAAUACCUUGUGGUGUCUGGAGGACAAUGUGCCAUACGUGUUAUUCGUGACGAAGGGGCUUCUUAACUGUUCGCUGCUGCUGCAAACACUCGAGUCAGGGUUCAAUGUGACGGUGCUGGAGAGGAGCCACUCUCCUUCCCUGCAGAUGCUCGGGGGGAUCCACAACUACACGGUGAUCACAGUGGAUGAAAGCACCGCCAUUGUCAUUCAGCAGCAGGAUGAACUGUGUCACGAGCGAGCCAGUGAGGGGCUGGUGAUGAGGCUGACUGCUCUCUCUCUUCAGUACAGCUUGUGCUGGCUCAUUCUCCACUGCCCAGACAGUCAGGGAGGAGGAUUUUCCAGUGAAGCCUUCAACAACUUGGUGUUGGUCUAUUCAUCUCUGGUGCUGUUCAGCAUGAAGUCUGAGGAUCUGGAUGUGAAGGUGCUGAUAGUGUCGGAUCUUUUGGAAAUAGCAAAGUCCGUCAGUCGAAUUUGCUUCCACCGCCUGAUGUCCAGUGACAGAGACCCUCUCAGCUUCCUGAAUAGAGACUGGCUCACUGUGAUGCCCUCACAGGAAGAAAAGAGCUUGUCACAGUUCCCUGGCAUCAACCCUCUGGUUGGACAGCUGAUGCUGAGCAGAGCUCCAUCCUUCCAGUGGCUCCUGGCGGCCUCUCUGUCUCAGCUCAAGGAGCUGCUCCCUGAGGUGCCACAUAAAGUGCUCAAGCUGUUCAGUGACACCACCUCCCUGUAUCCGCUGGCAGCAGAUCCAAAAUACCCUCAGACCUUUACCACUGAAAUAACCCAACAAAGCGGCCCACAGACCGAUACUGAUGAAUAUGAAAGCAUGAAGUCCCCCCCCCAUCCAGACCUGCUCUGUAGCAACCAGAAUACCACCUUCCUGUUCGGAGUCACGGAUGCAGAGGAGAGCUUCUUUAAACAAGACCCGACACUCCAGGAUGGCAAUUCAGAUUUCAGACUUGACCUGAGUGAUUCUGUUGGCAGCCCAGAUGUUUAUUUCCAGGGAAGCUGGACCGCGAGUGAUCCACGGAAAGAGGAUGGGAAGCUUUCUGGCUGGAGGAGCCUACCCGGGGUGGUGGGGAGGGUUGUUGAAAGAUCAGUCAAUGAGUGGACACACAGGGCUCCACCAAACGAUUACACCUUGUCUUUACACCCUGCUGACACUCCGUUCAAACUGGACUCCACCUUCAGUUCCAGUCCCAUCCUCCAGAAACCAGCCAGCACCCAAAUGUCCACAUACCCUACACUCUACAAUGACCUUUAA